CCUAGCAGCGACCACGGCCCUGAGCUGGGCGCUAUGUUAUUCAGUCCUGUGUCUGAGGAAGCAAGUUUUCUGGUGUAGAAGUCAUGUGAACUGAAUUGUGUAAGACCCAGCCUUAUAAAGCAACGGAUAUCUUCCAUUUGUUGAGACUGCCACAGCAACAAUGGAGCUGAGCACCCAGUCACCACACCGCAUUGUACACGGAAUGAAUGGUUCACCUAAAAUGACUGUCCCUUUUUAUGCACCACCACUGCAUUGCAAGAAGACAAGUGCAGAAAUUAUUAAUGAAGCACGUGCAGCUGUACUGAAGAAUACUGGAGAUGUUCUGAACAGUGCUGGUGGCCCAGGAGUGAGUUCUGUGAGACCAAUUGACACCAAAAGGCCAUUUACACCACGGGAGAGGCAACGAACUCUGUAUGGUUCCUCUCCAUUGAACAGUGCUCAGAGACCACCCAGUUCAUUCAGUUUAGGUUAUCUACAGUUCCAAGAAUUGGAACCUGGAAGUAAGAUCCCACCAAAUGCUCGACGUCUGAAUCCCAUAUCACUCAGUGCAGUAGCAACACCUGCAAAUGAGAUAGAAGAUGCAGUACAGCCUCAUAAAGUACCUUCUGGGGAAGGACUGAAGCGCAUCAAAUUACCUUCAAUUAACAUAAGCCGAAGGAAGCAGUUUAGGAAUACUAUAUCACUUGACAAUUUACCUGAGGAGUUAGAAGUAGAAGAUUCCUCUGAAGCAGAGUCAAUCCCUGAGCGGAAAGUACGUAGCAGCCCUGUACAACGUGUAAGACCACCACAGGACCAACAGUCAUCUGACUCCCCCGCUGUUGCAUCACCAUUGCCAAGUAAACGAACUCUGCCAGAUGACACUGUGAAAGUUCAAGCUACUGUGGAUACAUGGCAUGAUGUUGGUAGCAAGAAACCAAAACGUUCUGAUGACGAGAUUACUGACAAGGAACUCCAGACACCUGUCACUCAACAUCUUAGGGGGAAGGAAGAGUUGGAAGAAACAGUAUUUGGAGAUUCAAAAAAAGAAACAGCUGUGUCUGAUGUGAAUAAAAAUAAAACAGUAAAUACCAUUAGUGGCAGUGAUACAAAUAACAGUAGUGGUAUUCCUGUUCCUACAUCUCCUAUCAAAACAGACUCAAUUAGUGUUGCGAAAUGUGAAGUGGAAGAAAAAGUUGUGACUUCAGGAAUCCCUGUUACAAAGCCAGCAACCUGGAAACCACCCAACUACAAAUCUGCUAGACCAUUCAGUGUACAUUCAGGCAAAAAGUCUAAGGCAAUUGAAGAUCCUAUCCUUGAUCCAAUCUACAAGGCCCUUAAGGAGAAUCUGCCUCCUGAACGUAACGCUGUCAGUGCUGCAGUGGAAACGCUCAUCCUUCUUGCCAAGCAAGAUGACAAUGAUGCUGAAGUAAUAAGUGUUAUGUCAAAGUUGUACAAUACUUUGGAAAAAGGAAAGAACACAGGAUCCAGUGGUCUUAGUGGAAAACUGAAGUCUCAGAUUUUGAAAGCCUUGUACAGGUAUAUUGAAAGACCCAAUGAGAUGCUGCUACUGCAGAUUGCGAGAGUUAUACUUGCCUUGCGAGUAACAGGUGCCAACUUAUCAGGAGUAUGUAAACUAAUCUUUAAAGUUUCACGCAGUGACAAGAAUGACAAGCUAUUCUUGGAAGACAAUAUCCUUGAGUUAUUUGUCAAUGCACUGGGUUCAGCCAGUCCACUUGAGGAUGCUGAAGCCUGUAUUUAUGGAUAUGGUGCCUUAAAGUUUUUAACAAUGAAUCCAGCACUUCUGUCAAGAGUUCUGAACCUUGGUGCAUUGGAGCUAAUGGUGCUGCAUAUAAAGAUGAUUAAUUCUGCAAAAUCUGAUAGCUCUCGACUACCAGAACAGACAAGCCAUGCCCUGUUCCAGCUAACAGGUGCUCUUCGCAAUGUAGCCGGAGAAGAAACGAUGUUUCCCCAGUUUGUUUCAACAGGUGCCAUUAAUGCUUUGUGCAAGGUCAUGGACUUGUUCUCUUCAGAUUUAGAUGUUAUUAGCAAUGCUUCUCGUACUCUCAGCAUAAUAUCAACACAUGAUGAGUGCUGUGACGCAGUUAUUGCUUAUGAUGGUUGCUUUGGAUUAUUUGUAAAACUAAUGAAAAAAUACCCUGGUAGACAAGACAUAGUGGUUCGCUUGGGAUAUGCUCUUGGAAACCUGAUGGCUCGAAGUGAUACUGCAAGGACAAAGCUAUAUGUGGAGGAAGGAGCAAUAAGUGCCUUACUGGAGCUGUUGUCACUCUAUCUUGAAAAAGAUCUUUAUAUGGAUAACAGCACAGCCACUGGAACUGCCUCAAAUUCAGAUAUAAGAGGUUCCACAGGUUCUGUACAGGAUGUUAUUGUCAAGGUCAUCAGAAUAUUAGCCAACAUGAGUAUUAAUCCCACUGUCGGCAGUAAAUUUGCAUGUGUUGAUGGAAGCAGUAAUGAAGAUGACACCUACAAGGAUGGUGCCAGAUUCUUGGACAUGUUAUUAUCAGUAUUGGAGCGUAAAUCUGCAGCUUGUGGUGAGGACAGUGAGCUAUUGCACAGUGUUCUAAGCACACUUAAUAACAUUUCUUACUAUCAGACUGCUUCUUUUGGUGCUAAGGAAAGACAUGUUGCUUGUGCUCUUCUGGAAGUUUUGUCUUCUAACAACAGGGAAUGCCUUAUUGAAGCAAUGAGGGUGUAUGGAAACUUGACACGUUCUGAAACAUCCAGAAAUAUUCUCCUGGAAAAUACAGGACUGUUGUGCUUCCUGCAUAACCUGGAUUCAGAUGACCGGGAGCUUCUUUGUGCAACUGUUGGUGUUCUUAUCAACAUGAUGUCAGAUUGGGACAAACGCCUCGCUCUGAGGCAACUUGGUGGUAUUCGCAGAUUGAUAGCUAUACUUUCAAAGUAUGGUGAAAGUGACUGGCAGCUGGCAACAUUUGUGUGCCAGGCAUUAUGGAACUUCUGUACAGAAUCAAGUGAUGUGCAUGCUGCACUUGGCCACGAGGAAACAUCUGACCUGCUUAAAAUCCUUGCUGACUUUCUAGAUGAAGAGCGUCUCUUUGGUGUUGUUGAAGGAACAGAGACUGCAGAAGCAGUGGCUGAAUCACUGAGCUACCAGCAGUGGGAAGAAUUUGCUGGAGUUGCCACAAAUUUGUUGGAAAAAAUAGAGACUUAUCUAGAUUCCUUAGAAAAUUCACUUACUGAUGACAGCAACAGUAGCGCUGAGAGCAUGGCUAUGAAACAGAUGAGUGGCAAAAUGUGGACUGUAUCGAGACUAAAAUCAUUUCAUUUUCGAAAUAUUUGGAAGUUUCAUCCCAUAUAUGUUGUCUGAAAUUAUAUCUGGAUUCUUGAUUUCUUAUAAAACUUCUGUUGACAUAUUAUAUAAUGUCAGAGUGGCAUGGCUUGGUGUUUCCAAAUGAGAUUACAUAUAAUCAAAAUCUUAUGUGGUUUAAACAGUGUAUAUUUUUGAGAUGGAAAGUGUAGCAAAUCGUGGCAAAACGAGUAGAAAAAUGUAAAGCAGCUUUUAUGGUAUCGGGUGUUCGUGAACCUCCAAGCUUGUUUGAAUCUUGGAUUGUCAGUUUAAAAUAAUGAAUGCACAAGUCUUUUGUCAGAAACAAAAUUGUUAUUCCAUAGCUCAGAAUAUAAUAAUCAUGCAAUUGGUCUGUUCAAUGGUUUCAUUUACAUUAAAAUUGUAACCUACAUAAAGAAAAAACUUGAUUUGCCCAAUUUUUAUACAAUCCAACAGGAAUGAGUUCAUGUCUUUUCUCUGAAUUAAAAUAAUUUUAAAGUUACUUGUGAAUGCACAAUAUUAUUUAAUGAGAUUAGUUGUUUUCAUGUAUUUUCUUGUAGCAAAAAGCAUAUUUCGUUAUUUUUCUUAAGAAAUGUGAAGCAGAGGCACUUACAGAUAAUUGCCAUAAAUCACAAUUAUCUGUAAGUGACUACUGAUUAAAAAAUUUUGUGCCAUAUUUAUCAAUCUGCAUAGAUAAUUUUAUGGAAUUGUUGAAAAUCUUGAAAUAAUUGUGACCACAGUGUUUAUGUAACAAAGUGAGAUGUAAUUUUAGAUGUCAUCUGGGACUGUUCUAAAUACACAAAUAGAAAAAAGGUUCUUAAAAUUAUGCAAAACUAUAAUUUCAGACUUACAGAAAUAAUACUUUCAAAGAUACUUUUGAGAAAGAGUGGUUUGUAUUUGUAGAACUGCAUAUUGUUGUAAAGUGUUACUGAUUAGUUUUUGCUGUUGACACAUUUACUGAGUGGUGUUGUAGAUAAUGAGAUCUGAUUGAAAAAUUCACAUCAUAACUUCAAAAAAAUGAUUCGCUCAUGUUAAAGCCCUUAUGACAGUUACAGAAGUUCCGUCCAUGGAGAAUGUAUGUUAUGAUGGGAAAUUAUUAGGCUCAAUUUGGGACCACAAUCUACAAAAUCUGACAUUCAACAGCAGUAUUUGCUCAUAGUAUGUUUUGUAUAUUUUGCAUUUUUUAAUUUUUUAAAAGGUGUUCUGUAGGUCUGUAGGCAUUCUGUAUUUACAUCUUCUAAAGAAGUUUGAGGUUUUAUUUCCAUUGUACUAUAA